ACAUCGCUCACUCUGCCCAGCAUGGCACAGCGCUCGCCCUGAGCCCCAUCACGUCGCUCGCCUGCCCGGCCAUGGCCCUGCGGCGGCUGCUGCAGCCCAGCCUCAGCUCCGGCCCCGCGGACGGCAGGAGGAUGCAGCACUUGGCCAGCACGGUGGGGACGCUGCCCCGCGGGCGCAGGCAGCUCGCCUUGGCCAGAUCCAGCUCCUGGGACGACUCCUCCAAGCCACAGAGGCACCUCGUGGCGAUCCUGAAAGAAGAUAAAGAGACCUUUGGGUUUGAAAUCCAGACUAUUAGGUUCUCGCACCAGAACGAUUUCUCCCUGGAGGUGUGCACGUGUGUCUGCAGAAUCCAGGAGGAGAGCCCUGCCCACCUCUCCGGCCUUCAGACUGGGGACAUCCUCACCAGCAUCAACGGCGUGAGCACCGAGGGCUUUGCUCACAAGCAAAUCGUGGACUUGAUCAAGUCCUCAGGGAACUAUUUGAGGUUAGAGACCAUCAACGGGGCCUUGCUCCUGAGGAAAAUGGAGCUGGAGACCAAGCUGCAGGCUCUCAAGCAGGCGCUGCACCAGCGGUGGGGGGAGCUGCGGGCGCUGCUGGCCCGGGAGCGGCUCCUGCUGCACGGGGAGGUGGCCGACGGCGCAGUGCCGGGCUGGCUGGAGGCGGCAGAGCCCGGCUCGCCCGGACCCUUCCUGCCCGCCGAGCCGCGCCUGGCCAGCGACAGCAGCUCCCGCAGCCGCCUCAGCUCCAUGACGCUGGGCAGCGAGGACAGCUUCUGCCCGGGCAGCGCCUUCGAGGACGCGGCUGCGGAGAGCCGCAGCCGGCGGGGCAGCACGGACGAUGAGUGCGUGUUCGCCAGGCCCGCUGCGGCCCGCGGCUCCCUGCGCAGGAACCGCAGCGUCAGCCUGGCCAGCAGCGGCCCCGCGUCCCCGCCCGGCGACGGCGGCGGCUCCUGCGGCGGCUUCGGCACCCUGCCCCGGAGCGGCCGCCGCGCCAGCGUCCGCAGGCACCUGCUCAGGCUCGUGCCGGGCUUCCACCGGGCCCUGCAGGAGGAGGAGAGCCGCGUGUGAUGUCGCCGUGCCACCCCACGGCCGAGGCUGCGGCACGCCGCGCUGGCACCGGGGCACCGCCCGGACAACAGCGCUGAUGGGAGUCACACGGCUCUGGCGUCUCAGCUGUUUGCAUUUUUAAUCCGAGCACGCUGCGGACCUCUUCAUCAACGUGAAAAAUGAGUGACUCCAGAAUGUGAAGAACCUUUGCAGAACUUCCUCGGCGAACUUUACUGUUAAUAACAGUUUUUAAUUGAAUGCGAAAUUGAUAGCUAUUUAUUUCCUGUUACCGGAGUCGGUGCCUUCCAAAGGACUUUAAUAAAAUGA